CAAAGCUAAAGUUAAAGGCGCCAAUCCACUAUAUUUUCCCGCCAAAAAUCUAUAAUCAGGGUUUUGAUUGGCAGAUCAAACGACGGGGAAGUUCUGACCUGUGAGCAAUGUCGGACUCAGUUGUUUACGGCCGCCGGAGUCGUACCAAAGGCCAGGAUGCCACAGUUCGUGCCGAGGCCCUGGAACGCCUCAAGGCCCUUCGUAGCUCAGGCGGGCGGCGGUCUGCUGCCGGCGUCGGCUUUCAGAUAAAAGUAGAGGAUCCAAUCUAUGACACGAUCGAAGAGGACGACUACGCUGCCCUUGUAGCCCGCCGGCGUGAAGACGUCGGGGGUUUUAUCGUCGACGACGAUGGCCUCGGAUACGCCGACGAUGGCCGCGAGGAGGAUUGGAACAACCCCAGCUUCGCCAAUUCCUCUGACGAGGAGUCCUCUGAAGGCCAAGACGAGAAGCAAAGGAAGAAGAAAUCGGCGAAGAAGGAACCUGCAAUUAAGAAAUCCCAGCCUUCUUCUCUAUCGGCUGCGGCCUCCUUGAUGGGAAAGCAGAGGCUUUCUUCGAUGUUCACUUCCUCCGUCUUUAAGAAGAAUGAUAGGGGGAAGGGUCCUCCUCUUUUUUCAGAUGGUUUAAUUGACGAUGUUAUUGCUGAGUUUGCUCCCGACGAAACUGAUCGUGAGAAGAGGCGAAGGGGAUCUGCAACGGGAACACGAAAUCCCGCCUUACAUCCGAUUGCGCCAACCAAGUCGGAGAUGCAAUCUUUUUCUGCUGAAAUUGUAUUACCAGAAACAUCUUCCAUUUCUGAAUAUAGGGGGCGGAUUCAGGAAAAUGGCAGUGAGGAUUCUCGACAGGAUGUUAAAAUAGAGAAGGAUGACACGUGCUUACAUUCCGUGGUCGAAGAGGUGGGCACGGCGAAAUUGGAUGCUGGUAAGGCAAACAUAAGUGUGGAAGUGGAAGCAGAAUCAAGACCGAACGAGAAGGGCUUCUCACUCAAUGCAAAGAUUAAGAAGGAAAAUGAAAAUGCUACGGCUAGUGCGUCUGCUGGGUGGAAGGCUGUCUGCAGUGAAGAGGGAUAUGGCGGUGGUCUUCAGGUUGAAUUAAAUGGCAAUUUAGACGAGAAAUCCGAUUUUGAGCUUGAUUCCGAUAAUUCGUUGCCUUUCUACAUUAUUGAUGCUCAUGAGGAAUCUUAUGGUGCCAAUAUGGGAAUUUUAUAUCUUUUUGGGAAGGUCAAAGCAGCUGGAACAUAUCAUAGUUGUUGUGUGGUCGUAAAGAACAUGCAGAGAUGCGUGUAUGUUAUCCCUGAGAGCUCCGUGUUUCCUAGCGACAAAGUAGCCGACAUCGAGAGAAAUUUUCCUGAUUCUUCUUCAGCUUCACGAGGAGCUCUCCAAGAGAUGGCAUCAGUAUUAAAAAAUGAAAUAACAUUAAGAUUAUUGGAUCUUAAUGUUUCAACGUUUAGCAUGUUGCCUGUUAAGCGUGGUUAUGCAUUUGAGCGUGCUGACAUACCCAGAGGACAGUAUUACGUCCUCAAGGUCAGGUACCCGUUCAAGGAACCACCUCUCCCAGCAGAUCUCAAAGGUCAGAACUUCGUUGCAGUACUUGGAACACAAUGCAGUGCUCUCGAGCUGUUUUUAAUUAAAAGGAAAAUCAAGGGCCCCUCUUGGUUGUCAAUUUCAAGAUUUGUCAGCAGUGCAGCUUCGGAACGAGUCAGCUGGUGCAAAUUUGAAGUAGUUGUUGAUUGCUAUAAGGAUGUAUUUGGUUCUAGUUCAAAGUUUUUUCUUGAAAUUCCUCCAGUGGUAGUUGCAGCGAUUAACUUGAAGACUAUCAUCACCGAGAAAAAUGCAAAUGAAAUUGUUUCAGCUUCUGUGAUCUGUUGUCAUAAGGCAAAGGUUGAUGCCCCAAUGAUGGCUUCUGAAUGGAAAAGAAAGGGAAUGCUUAGCCAUUUUACUGUUAUUCGAAAGCUUGAUGGAGUUAUAUUCCCAUUAGGCCUUCAAAAAGAGGUUGCGGAUAGAAACUCGAAGGCUGGCACAAAUUUAUUGUCAUUGGAAAGCAGUGAAAGGGCCUUGUUAAAUCGUUUGUUGAUUGAACUCCAUAAAUUGGAUUGCGAUGUGCUUGUUGGACACAACAUUUCUGGAUUUGAUCUUGACGUUCUUCUCCACCGAGCUCAGGCUUGUAAGGUACCCAGCAGCAUGUGGUCUAAGGUAGGUCGUCUAAAGCGUUCUACAAUGCCGAAGCUUACCACAGGGAAUGCACUUUAUGGGUCUGGAGCUAGUCCAGGAAUCAUGUCUUGCAUUGCAGGUCGACUUUUGUGUGACACCUAUUUGAGCUCUCGAGACCUUUUGAAGGAGGUAAGCUAUUCGUUGACCCAACUGGCGAAAACUCAACUGAAUAAAGAUAGGAAGGAGAUUAACCCGCAUGAUAUUCCUGUGAUGUUCCAAACAUCAGCUGCACUGCUCCAAUUGGUUGAAUAUGGAGAGACUGAUGCUUGGCUAUCUCUGGAACUUAUGUUUUAUUUGAGUGUUCUUCCCUUGACAAGGCAGCUAACAAACAUCAGUGGCAAUCUCUGGGGGAAAACUCUCCAGGGUGCAAGAGCGCAGCGGGUGGAAUAUUUAUUGUUACACGCCUUUCAUGCUAAAAAGUACAUGCUUCCAGACAAAUUUUCUGCACGAAGGAUGGAGACUACUACAAAUAAAAGAAAAGUAACAGCUGGUUUGGUUGGUGAGGAUGCUGUUGACUUAAAUGAUGCUGUUCUUGAAAAUGAAGGGCAACAUAUUGUUCAUGGGAAAGGAAGGAGAAGUCCUACCUACUCUGGUGGAUUGGUUUUGGAGCCAAAAAAGGGUCUAUAUGACAAAUACAUAUUACUACUGGACUUUAAUAGCCUUUACCCUUCUAUUAUUCAGGAGUACAAUAUUUGCUUUACUACAGUUGAAAGGCCUAAUGAUGGUAUAGUUCCAAGUUUACCGUCAUCCAGGAAUCCUGGAAUCCUACCUGAGUUGUUGAGAAACUUGGUUGAAAGAAGAAGAACUGUUAAGAAAUUGCUAAAGAAUGCGUCUGGUCUGAAAGUACAACAACUUGAUAUCCAACAACAAGCAUUGAAGCUCACUGCUAACAGUAUGUAUGGUUGUUUGGGCUUUUCCAAUUCCAGAUUUUAUGCAAAACCAAUUGCGGAGCUCAUAACAUCACAAGGCAGGGAAAUUUUGCAAAGCACUGUGGAUCUGGUCCAGAACAACCUGAAUUUAGAGGUGGUUUAUGGUGAUACAGAUUCUAUUAUGAUCUAUAGUGGGUUUGAUGACAUUUCUAAAGCUAAGGCAAUUGCUGCAAAAGUCAUUCAAGAGGUUAAUAAGAAAUAUCGCUGUCUAGAGAUUGACCUUGAUGGCUUAUACAAAAGAAUGCUUCUUCUUAAGAAGAAGAAAUAUGCUGCCGUUAAAGUACAAUUUAGGGACGGAAUAGCCUAUGAGGUUGAAGUUAUUGAACGCAAGGGUCUUGAUAUGGUUCGACGUGAUUGGAGUCUGUUAUCAAAAGAAAUAGGUGAUUUCUGUCUCGGCCAGAUAUUGUCUGGAGGGACGUGUGAUGACGUUGUGGAGUCAAUUCAUGGUUAUCUAAUGAAGGUGCAAGAGGAAAUGAGGAAGGGAGAGGUUGCACUUGAAAAGUUUGUUAUUACAAAGAGCUUAACAAAACCGCCUGAAGAUUAUCCUGAUGCUAGGAACCAGCCGCAUGUGCAGGUGGCUCUAAGAUUGAAGAAAAAUGGUUACCCUUGUUGCUCGGCUGGUGACACAAUCCCCUAUGUUAUUUGCUACCAGCAGGAUGGUUCUUCUGGUGCCUCCGGUGGAAUAGCACAAAGGGCCAGGCAUCCUGAGGAGCUGACAAGAGACAAUGGUGAAUGGAUUAUUGACAUUGACUAUUACUUGUCGCAACAGAUUCAUCCAGUAGUUUCACGCUUAUGCGCUUGUAUUCAAGGCACUAGUCCAGCAAGGCUAGCUGAUUGCCUUGGGCUUGAUUCGUCAAAGUUCCAAUACAAGUCAUCUGAUGCUGGUACUAAGGAUUCGUCAAACAUAGUUGUGUCUGUAAUAGAUGAUGAUGAGAGGUAUCAUGGCUGCGAGCCACUCCGGUUAACAUGCCCAAGCUGCUCUAGCUCGUUUGACUGCCCUCCUGUAUCCAGCUUCUUUUCUUCCAGGGGAAAUGAAAGUACAUCUGAAUCGCAGGCAGGAAACAAAUCAGAUGCAAACUUUUGGCACAGAAUGCAAUGCUCAAGAUGCCCAGAUCAUGUUGAGGGUUGCAAAAUAACACCAGCAAUGAUAGCUAAUCAGGUGAAGAGGCAGGCGGAGAGUUUCAUCUCCUUGUACUAUAAAGGACUGAUGACGUGUGAUGAUGAGAUGUGUAAAUACACCACACGUGGCUUGAACCUUAGCGUCAUAGGCGAAUCUGAAAGAGGCACUGUCUGCCCAAACUACCCUCGCUGCAAUGGUCGCCUUGUGAGACAAUACAAUGAGGCAGACUUGUAUCGGCAACUUUCUUACUUCUCUUUUGUGCUAGAUGCUACAAGGUGCAUUGAGAAGCUCGAUCAAAAAUCAAUAGCAGCGUUUGAAAUGGAUUUCCCAAUCAUCCGUUCUGCCGUUACUCUUGCAGUACCAGUGAUACAGAAGAUCAGAGAUCGAUGUGCGUAUGGUUGGGUGCAGCUAAAGGAUUUAACCGUGUUGGUGUGAUUGGGCAUUUGGGUUCAUAAUGGCUAGUUUAAUUAAUUAAUCUAUCACCAUUGCGGUUGUUGAGUUAUUAACAUAUAAACAAAAAUGUAUAUAUUAUUGUUUAUCCGUAACAUUGGUACCCAAUAACAAUCAGCCGUCAGGAAGCGAAGCCGUGACAAUUUUCUCUAUAUGGCGUUUGUAUCAAUGUCUCAAUGAAUUGAGUUAAAUAUUGUUAAUUAAGCAGUUGAAAUAACUGUUCUGCUGUUGUCUAUCCGUUAAGAAUUGUCAGUGCAAAUUGUCCAUCUUC